AAGUAAACGUCAGUGUUGAUUAACAAUUCUCCGUUGGACUAUGUUUGAAAAUUCUUCAACACUAACGGUGGCGUACCCUUUUAAAUUUUUUUUACUUGUUUGUUUACAUGGCUUGGGUUUACAAAAUACUUAAUUUAUAAAUAAACGUGUAAAAUAUUAUUCUGAAAGUAUCUACUAAGCAAAGCCAACUAUGUUAUCCAAUCGGGCGUUUGGAGAAACAAUUGAGGAGUAUGAAGUACAGCACUUGUUGGGCAAAGGUGGUUUUGCUAGUGUCUAUAAGGCCAGAUGCCUCCGCACUCACCAGGAUGUGGCCAUUAAGAUGAUUGACAAGAAACUUAUCCAGGGUACUGGACUUACCAACCGCGUUCGACAGGAAGUGGAGAUUCACUCCCGACUCAACCAUCCCUCGGUUUUGCAGCUGUACACGUUUUUUCAAGAUGCCAACUAUGUGUAUUUAGUGCUGGAGUUGGCUCACAAUGGGGAGUUGCAUCGCUACAUGAAGCACAUAUCAAGGCCUUUUACAGAGGCCGAAGCUGCGUCCAUACUGAAGCAAGUGGUGGCGGGUCUGCUGUACCUGCACUCUCACAACAUCAUGCACCGUGAUAUUUCGCUAUCCAACCUUUUGCUCAGCAAGGAAAUGCACGUGAAGAUAGCCGAUUUUGGUCUAGCUACCCAAUUAAAGCGACCGGAUGAGCGUCAUGUGACGAUGUGUGGAACACCAAACUAUAUAUCGCCCGAAGUAGUGUCUCGAGUUUCCCAUGGACUGCCAGCUGAUGUCUGGAGUGUUGGCUGUAUGCUGUACACCUUGUUGGUUGGACGUCCGCCCUUUGAAACGGAUGCCGUGCAAUCUACGCUCAACAAGGUCGUUAUGUCAGAGUACCUGAUGCCGGCUCAUUUGUCUUUCGAUGCGCAGGACCUGAUAAACAAGUUAUUGAAGAAGCUACCACAUGAACGCAUUACCCUUGAGCAGGUCCUUAGCCAUCCAUUCAUGCUGAAGAGAAGCGAUUAUAGUGCAAAUCGCGGGUAUACGACGACGCCGGGAGCGUUUAGCCAGAGCAUGGAAAGCGGUGAUAGUGGAAUCCUAACAUUUUCUAGCAGUGACUCAAGGAACUCUCAACGUCUUCGCUCUGUGGAUAAUUCAGUACCACAGGCUCUUCCCCAGAUUCGGGAAGAAUUCAUGCAGGAUCAUCCACUACGUCCAACUUAUGAGCAGCCUGCGGCAAUAUUUCUCCAAAGUUCAAAUGGGGAGGCGGAGCAAAACUGGUCGGGAAACGCUAAGUCGGCUCCACCACUUCAUGUGAAAAUGGACCUCGUGGAGAAACCCAGUCUAGCUCCACUUAAGGAGGAGCGACUUUCGGUGCCACCAUUGUGCACAAUGAGAUUACUACCGACGCGUUACAAGACGAAAAAUGCUAUAAUGAGUAUAUUGCGAAAUGGCGAGGUGGUUCUUGAGUUUCUGAAAUUCCGUCCCAAGCUAAAUGAAGAUCGCGUCACUGACAUUUGCCGUAUAUCUCAUGAUGGGCGACGUAUCAUUAUUUACCAACCAGAUCCAGGACGUGGUUUACCCGUAAGAGAGCAACCACCAGAGCUUCAGAUACCAAGUGAGGACUGCAUCUACAACUACGAAAGCUUGCCCAGCAAGCACUGGAAGAAAUAUGUAUACGCGGCACGUUUUGUGGGUUUAGUGAAGAGCAAAACGCCAAAAGUAACCUAUUUCAGCUCCCUGGGAAAAUGUCAACUGAUGGAGACGAUGACGGACUUUGAGAUCCGCUUCUAUUUGGGGGCAAAGCUGUUGCGGUCACCUACCGAAGGACUUAAGGUUUACAAUGCCAAUGGAAUGUUGUUGUCUGAUCAAACCUGCCUAGAAGCUCGAUCCCUGAUCGAGCAUGGAAACGAAUGCUUCUCCCAUUGUGUCACUGUUAGUAAUGCUUUGGAGGUAGCUCAGACAAAAGAGUCUACGUGCUUUCCAGUCACAAUUGGAAGGCGACCAAUCGCAGAUGUUCCGCCAGUUCAGAAAUUUGAUGGGUUAAGGGAUACCACAAACUUUGCCUUUUCGACGCCGAAAUCAAAUCAGGGUUCAAUUAACUUCUCAGUAAGUACUCUUUCAUCGAUUCGAAAUACAACAGAUUUUGGAUGUAAUUCUUCGAGAUCAAAUAUGCUCGCUUCUCAUCAAAAUGUCCCAAUUAAACGCGUCAACAUUCCCGAUCUUGGUGUCGCUACUGAGUUAUCCCACGGAGUUGUCCAAGUGCAAUUUUAUGAUGGAUCCGUAAUCUCAGUUAUACCAGACCACCAAGGUGGCGGCGUAACGUACACCCAACCGAAUGGAAAUUCAACCCAUUUUGUCAAAGACGACGACUUGCCUUUCGCGGUCAGAGAUAGAAUUAGUCAGUUACCGCAGAUUCAAUUGAGGUUGAAGACCGCUCCUUUUCUAGGGAGCGGAAGGAAGAUUGAGUACAACAAUGCUAUGACUCCUAAAACGACAACGCCUUGCUACAAUCGCAUGCUCAUAUAACAUAUAAUCAAAGGAAAUAUACCCUCAUAGUUAUUAAGGUUUAAUUAUUUCAUUGAUAUACUGUAAAAUAAACGAAAAUA